UUUGUAAAAUAGGAAAAAAAAAAAGUUGCAAAAACCCAGCUGAGUUUAAUAAUUUUUAGAUUUUUUUCAGUGUAAUAAAUUAUAUUAUAGACAACAAAUAAAAAUUAUUCGGAUGUUCAAAACAAUGAUUAACAAAUGUAGAAAUAACUUGAACAUUCUACAGCAAUAAUAUGUGUGACUUUUUCGAAGCUUGUUUGUUUUCUCAUUCUGUAUGACCUCAAACAUUAAAAUACUAUGAAGAAGGUGGUUGUUAAUGACGAAUUAAUUCCAACUUUCGAUAAACGCAAUUUUCUUACAUUAUGUUGUAUAGUUAUAAACAAAUAAUAAAGUUGAGCGAAUUAAUGUUAAAAAGUUUUGUGUUUUGUACCAUAUUACACUACAUUUUGUCAAAUGGGCCAUUGUCUUAGCUGUUUCAAUAAUCAGAAUAAUGCUGAUAUAACAUCUCCUGCUAGAAUAAAGGAUGAUACAACAGAAAUAGUCCCAACAAAUGAAGUUUCAACAGCAAUGAUAUCACAUUAUCCACAAGAAAUACCACUUUUGCAUAAUAAUGAUUAUGGCACAAACAUAAAUAAUAGUAAUGCUCAAAAUGCAAACAUGGUAUGCACAAAUACAGAGAUAACAAACAUACAAAAAUCACAUGGCAGCAAUGAAAAGCCAAAAAUGUUCUAUCAAAAACUAUCAUCUAUACCUAUAUCAAUGUCAUCAUUGGGUUCAAAUGAGUCUAGAAUUUCAGAUAGUAAAAUUAAUCAAUUAUUUGAUCAUUACAAAGACUCAUUCGAGGAUGCCAUACUUACUGAGGGUAUAGAGAAUCUUUGUAAUGAUUUGCAGUUGAAUCCAGAUGACUUCAAAGUAUUAGUACUUGCUUGGAAGCUAAACGCAAGCCAAAUGUGUCGAUUCACAAGAGCUGAAUUCAUUCAGGGCUUGAAAAAUAUGAAAACUGAUUCUAUGAAGGGUAUACAACAGAAAUUGAUUGAUAUAACAAAUGAACUUAACAAGGAUUCAGAACAAUUCAAAGACUUGUACAGAUAUACAUUUAAGUUUGGCCUUGAAGUUAGUACAGGACAAAGGAUACUCCCAGCUGAUAUAGCUAUUUUAUUGUGGCGACUUGUCUUCACAAAUAAUGAGCCCUCAAUCCUAGAAAGGUGGUUAAAUUAUUUAGAGAGCAACCCACACAUAAGAGGCAUCCCUAAAGAUACUUGGUACAUGUUUUUAAACUUUUGUGAAUAUAUAGGAGACGAUCUCAGCAGCUAUGAUGAUACAGAGGCUUGGCCGAGUCUAUUUGAUGAUUUUGUUGAGUAUGAAAAUGAUCAAUUGAAUCAAAAUAUAUCUAAAAGUAAUUUAAUAAUUCAGGACUGAAUUUCUUUAACAUUUGCCAAAUUAUAGGUGUUGUAAGUACUUAAGUAUUAAGACUGAUUUGUUUGUUUUUGAUCAGAUUGUAAACAAUGUGUUAUUGUGGUUGGCCAAUUGUGUGGUUCAGAGAUUUGAGUAGAACUAUGUAAAUAUUGUAUUGUGAUGAAUUUAGCGAGUCUAUGCUAUGAAUUGAAUUUGUAUAAAAUAAAUAAUGACAUUCCAUCUGUGGAAUUAGUCCAGAUUUGUACAGUCAUUAGUAAUUUGCUUAAUAAUAAAAUAUACUUACAAGUAUUUGUUAAAAUUGUGUUCAGGGUGAGUCAAUGUAGAUGAUAAAAGGUUGUAGUAGGGGUAUUAACUGAUUUGACAAAUGAUUGCUUUAUCUAAUAUUUACUUGUUUGAAGUUAUUUUUAUGCAAUGCAAAUGCAAAUAAGGUGGAGUCCGGACAUGGGAAAAUUUAACAAGGUCCAAAAAUAAAACAACUGAUAAUAAUUAAGUGCUAGUUAAAAUUAAUGUUAGAAACUGCACUGAUGGUCUUGAGCCAGUUUUUGAUACUUUGGGUCACAAGGAGAACAGCAAAUUUAAAGAUAUGUAAUGGUCCCAGGUUUGACAACCGACCUAUCACAGUCCAUUAUGGAUUGUUGUCCGCCUUUUGCCAACUUUUAGGUUAAUCCAAAUGUUGUUAAAUUCUAAAUUUCAUGUUCAACAUGGCCUCUGUAUCAUAUGAUAUUCACACCCUCUUUAAAGUCCCAAUUGUCAAUAGUAAUCUUUUCAUAAGCCACAUCAUUUAUUUUUUACUUCAAAACAUAUGUAUGUUUUUUGAUUAGGUCAAAAGAAACAUAAAUAGGUUGAGCUCAUUGUACUGGCUUUUCAUACACAAAUAUUAUAUAACUUGUUAUGACUAGAUCUGGUCAUGAUAUCGGUCCACCUUUGCUAAACACUAAAAUUUCUUUAUGUAAUUCUUAUAUGAAUGCAUCUAUUUUCUGCUAAUAAUAAUGAUCAAAUAAACAGUUAAAAAAGUACAUCAAGUGGACAGAACUCAACUUAGACGAUUGCAAAAAAAAAUGUAUUUUUAAAUUAAAGAGUUGAUUACCUUGAACAGGGUUAGUUUUAGAUAAAGCACAUGUUUGUCAAAUAUACAUAUAUACUGCUUUAGGUCUAAGUUGACUGCCCUGUAUGUUACAUUAUAUCUGAUAUCAAAUUUAUAUAUAGCUAAACUUUAAUAUAUCAUGGAUUGUUUACUAUAGGAACAUACCUAUUAAUGCAUAAUAAAUAAAUCUUAUUUUUAAUUAUUAUGAUAACCAAUGUACAUAAAUUUAUUUAUUAAAAAUCUAUCAUAAUUAAUUAGAGUUCUUAAUAUUA